AUGGACCGCGCCGUGGUGCGAUCUCGGGGCGGCCCUCUGCACGUCCGCACCCCUCUGAUCAUAUCCAAGCCCAUGUCCGAGGUCCUCGGCCGCGACGUCUACCUCAAGCUCGACGCCCUGCAGCCCUCGGGUUCGUUCAAGCUCCGGGGGAUCGGAUACACGUGCCAGAAGGCCAUCGCGGAGGGCGCCAACGCGCUGGUGUCGUCGUCGGGGGGCAACGCCGGUUUGGCCACCGCCUACGCCGGGCAGCGCCUCGGCGCCCCGACCACCGUGGUCGUCCCGGAGACGACCCCGGAGUUCAUCCGCGACCGCCUCAGGUCCCUGGGCGCCACCGUCGUCGUGCACGGCUCGCAGUGGAGCGAGGCCCACGCGCACGCCGUCGCCCUGAACGACGACGUCCGCGGCAAGCUCGUUCACCCCUACGACGACGUCGACACCUGGACCGGCCACGCCACCGUCGUGCACGAGAUCAAGGCCGACCUGGAAGCCGCGGGAUGCGCGACGCCCCCGGCCGCAAUCGUCACCUGCGUCGGCGGCGGCGGGCUCCUCGCGGGCAUCCUCCAGGGCCUCGACGAGGUCGGAUGGGCGAGUGGGUGCCCGGUGAUCGCGGCGGAGACGAUCGGCGCGGAUUCCCUCGCGACUUCGAUUGACGCCGGGUCCCUCCAAACGCUCCCGGCGAUCACGUCCGUGGCCAAGUCCUUGGGCGCGGCGUCCCCGAGCCCGCGCGUGCUCGAGAUGGCACUCGCGCGCGGAGCCGCGCACGGGUCGAACGGGCUGGUCCGUCCGUGGAGAACCUCCGACGAGUUCGCCGUGCGCGCGUGCGUCAGGUUGGCGGAUGACCACAGGGUGCUGGUGGAACCCGCGUGCGGAGCGGCGCUGUCGGCGGUGUACGGGGGCCCGAACGGAACGUGCGAGGCGCUGGAUGGGUUGAGUGGGGACGGCCCGGUGGUGGUGGAGGUGUGCGGCGGGGCGAUCGUGGACCUUGGGACGCUCGCGGCGUACGCGGAGCAGUUCGGGAUCGAGUGA